GAAUGUUGUUAUCAUCUGUAAAAAAAAGUGACCUGUAUUUCAAUCUGCCUCUGAAAUAAAUACUUGCCGCCGUACAAGACGACUUCUGUAAGUUGAUGUUUCCGAGUGAUUCCAACUGGUCGACCGGGUAAAAAGAUGAAGACGGUGUUGCUGCUGCUGCUGACGCUGGGGGUAGUAAGAGGAACCUACGACAACACGGUAUGCGACACGGGGAGCACCCCGCCACCAGGUCCUCAGCCGAUGCCUCCCCAGCUUCCGCCGACGUUCGAGGUCCACAUCGAGUGUAUCUUCGUAGACCAGAACAUGUCUUUGGAGGUGCACGAAUGGUUCGACUACAGCAUCAACAUGGGCGUGAUACAACAGACGACGAAGGGAUCGACGUUCUACGGCUACUUCGACUACAACAACAACCAGUUCAUCCGGAUAUAUCCCUUUACUAAGACAUGUUACGUCACGGACAUAUCCGAAGCCACCCAGCGCUUCCUGUUCGGGUUCAAGCCGAACGGACAGGGGGAGCACAUCUACACAGCGGCAGGUGCGCUUCAUUUCUCCGGGACCGGCGUGAACGAGGUCAACCUUGGGCCGGACACUGUCCGAGGCAUCAACGUCCAGAAAUGGCACUCUUGUCAGUACUGGCAGAACAUGGAUGCCACAAUGAAUGUCACGUGGUACUUCUCAGACCCAGACACGUGGGACAUGGCCUUAAAUAUUCCGGAUGUGCCGGUCCGAGCACGCGUGAUAGGGAAGGUGGGGACACAGGCAGGUGGCCCCGCCCACUCCUUCAACCACAUCUACGACUUUAUACACUUCAAGAACUACAUUGAGACUCCAAACGCAUUUGAGACGCCAGGUGAAGUAUCGUGCCCAGGACGAGUGAAUACAAGGCCGUUCCCAUACGUCGCACCGGCUUUCCACCAGACUGUAGAGAUUGUCGACAAGGUUAAUCAGGACGUCACCUCUAUGAAGGAGUGGUUCGACUACGCCACCAAGCUGACCAAGUACGUCUACACGCCAAUACCAGGGGCGAGUAUGUUUGGAACCCGAUCGUUGACAGAAAUACACGAUUUCAAUACUGGUAUGGCGUACGUGACGGACAACGAGCUAGGCAACUGCUCGUGGGUGCCGAUAGAGCAGUCUACGUUCGAUGAUGAGAACGCCGGACCAUAUGACGUCAGACAGAGGACAUCCCAGGAAUUCUUCUACAUGAACGCCGACACAACUUCGUAUGAAGGCGUGAAAAAAACGCGCAAUAUUGAGGCGUACAACUGGGUGGGGCGGAGGAGCGAUUAUCCACCCAAAAAACCAAUCAACUCCACGUGGCAAUGGUUCUUCAGGACGGACAACUACUCGUCCGCCGAGGACCACAAUGCCAUGUUUCAUCAAGGGGUGCCUCUCCAGUUGACAGUGUCGAUGGGUGUUUUCGAGUACGAAUACAACAUCUUCGACUACACCCAGAACCGCCCCGACCUCCUCAACUGGGACAUCAGCGCCUGCUACAUAAACUUAAACAGAAGGAGCUUUGACUUCACUGUCCCAGGUUCCUAUGCUGCCACUAUCGACAGGGAUAGAACAACCUUCGGUUAUACAGUUCUGGAGGAGAUUGUGGUCAUCACUGGAGCAUCCCCACUCCGAAUAGCCAAGCUCAGGCUUGUGUUCGAGGAGGAUGUCCACAUCCGGUUUGACUUCCUUGAUACCGCACCCAUGAAGGGAGACGUCCACAACGAGUCGAAGGAGGUGUCGUUGGACGUUGCCGUCGCUUCCUUUAUGUCCGCAGUCAACAAUAACCAGUUUGUCAUCCCAUUCACUCCGCUCUCGAUUGGAAUGCCAAUCAACAUCGUGGUGACCCCCAACUCAAUCCGCGAGUACACCUACGAGGAUGAGCUUUAUCCAAAGGACACGGGCUACAGUGACGGUGCGAUGGGCGGACUGGGCUUCGGCAUGUUGGUUGUUGGGGUACUCGGUGGCGGAGGAGGGGGCUACUUCUUCUUCAAGUAAACUAAGGUACCACACAGCGCCUCCGGUGAAGACGCCGAACAUCGCGAGACAAACAUUCAAACUACAUCACUUCCAUAUAUCCAGUUAUUAAAUAACUUAUUUGUCAUUUGUACUUUUGUGUCGGAAAAUUAUCAACCUUCUAUAUUAUUUCAGAGCAUAAUAUAUACAAGUAUCAUACUUUCACAUCAGUCCCUGUAAAGCUUCACCUUCUCACUACACAGCGACAAACUCUUGUAGCUCUCUAACAGUAUGUACCGGCUUCGCGUGUCAGUACUUUAUGUGAUUCAGAGAUACUGUAAUCUUUCUUUGUUCGGUUUAUCAUAUAAUGGAUCAUCAAACGAAUUUGAUAAACCUGUUAUCACGAUCCGAUAAAUAUGCCCAUCAGGUCACGUAGGAGAAAUCCUUCCCCAGUAGCUCAAGAGUAUGUUCAUAAUAUAUGUAAAAUCGGCCUCCGAUGGUAGGUGUUUAUGCUAAUCAAUAUGCACUUUGUUACCAUACAACUUCAGCAAUUCCCAAAA